AUGAGAAGGACGCAGGGAAGGAACAAUCCUGAAAAGAGGUGGGACCGGAGAAAAGGCGUGUGCCUGACAGCCGCAGACACAGUGGACCUUCCCUCUGAGAGAACGCCUCAUCUCCGCCUUCACUGCCGAGCUGCGUACGGAGACAGACGCGCGGAGCCAUCAGAUAACCCUGACCCAGGAGCCGCGGCUCUUCCAUUGGCUCCGGCGGCGGCGCACUUCAGCUCCUGCAGCCUGGAGCGCGUUCACACAGAGGGGUUGCAUGCAUUACUGCAGAGAAACUGCCUUUUGUAG